GUGCUGUUUCCGUUGAACAGAUUCUGAAAUGUUUCUGUUGAAUGUUGCUCGUGUUAGACACGCUCAAGUGAGAUGAAAAUGACUCGUGCAGCACGAGCACACCGCUUCCAAACAGUAACGCAGCAAUUUUUGUGGAGCUCGCGCCGCCUCCUUGUGGCGACAAUAGUGAAGGACGCGUGCGGUUGCUAAGGGCGACUGACAACAGACAACGCCUGCAGCAGUUUUCACGGCAAACUGGAGAAACAAGCAGCGGCAGCAGUUAUCACUCUGCAUUAUUGUUUUGUUACUUUGCAGGCUUCGUCAAGCAGAGCGGGAAAAUGUCGAGCGUUCUUAAUACAGUUUUAGCUGAGAUAGGCUGGGAUGAGCACUUCGCUAUCCCCGAACCUAACGCUGAAAACAAGGCUUUGAUAGAGGAGAUUCGUAAAAAAGAGAGGGAGCUGGCGCAACUGGAAGACAAGCUGGAGAAGAACAAGGAGACUAAGCGGUAUAUGACUGAAACACUCAAAAAUGGUAAACAAGAACUGGAAAAUACUGAGGCUUUAUGCAAGGCCAAGGACAGAGAAGUAGAGUCAGUGAAACACCUCACAGCCCUUGCAGAGAGGGAGACAGGUCGCCUGGGACAGGAGACUGCCAAGAUGCAGAAUGAGCUUCAAUCUUUAGCAGAGAGGAGAAACAUGCUAGAGAACCACAUCUUCAAGACCAAACAGACACUUGAGGAGUUUAGGAACCAGAUGAACUGGGACCAGCAGACCAUGGAUGCCUUUUUGGAGGAGUCAGCGCGCAAAGAUGAGGACACAAUGGCCAUCAUCAAGUAUGCUCAGCAAGAUGAGCAGAGGAUCAAGUCACUCACUCUGACUAUAGAGAAGAAGACGCUGGAGGCCAAUGAAAAGCGCAAAGCAGUUGACAAGGAGUUGACAGAGACUUUAUCUGCACAGAUCGCUUUGGAUAAGACUACAGAGAAUUUGCAGCAGGCUCACCUGGAGACACGGCAGCUCAUCUACCAGUGGGAAAACACCAUCAAGCAGAUGAAGCAGCGUGACACUGAGAUGCAGCAGUGUGCACUGCAACUGGCCCAGGCCAACCAGAACAUCAGGGACAGGAAUACCACCAUUACAGAGAGGAAGCACUUGCUGGAUACUCAGAGGAACAACAACAAGGAAACUGAGAGGAAGAUAUCCAUAUCCAACCGACAGGCUGUAAAACUGCGGCAGGAUUUGAAGGAGCAGGAGAGUAACUGCCGCAGGCUGCAGGAUGAGCUGGAUAGCUGCAAGGGCACACUGGACAGAGCAACCUCUGAUGUGGACUCUGCAACGUCCAACAUAUCCAGAAUGAAGAAGGAUAUUCAGGAUAACAACAAGAAACUCAAGGAGGCCAGAGCGUACAAUGCUGCACUGGAGGAAAAGCUGAAAGUUGUGACUCAGACCGCCCUUAGUGAGGAGGAGAGAGCUGCUCAAAUGGACCAGCUCCUCAAGGACGAGGAGCAGGCAAUCAAGGAGCUGGAUUUUCAGCUGCAUGACUGCAGAGAGGAGCUGUUUCGUCAUAAAGAGCAUCUGCAGACCCUGAAGACAAAGGCAAAGGAUUCUGUUGUUGCCGUUUCGAGAAGCAAAUCCACCAUCAACAACCUGGAUAGCCAGCUCAGCAAACUGGAGCAGGACUUAUCAAGACAGAGGGAGACCAUUAAUGGGCAGGAUCGUCAGAUAUGCAGCCUGGAUAAGAAACUGUCACGGCUGCAAGGUAACAUUCACUCAGAUGAACAGCAAAUACUAGACUCAAAGAUUGCUGAGUUGACCAAAACUCUAGAAGAGAGGAAGAAGACAGCCACCAUGCUAACCACCACGCUGAAGGAGUCUGAGGAUGACAUUCGCUUCUUGAGGAAAGAGAUGGAAAAGUCCGAAGCUCAAAAGAGAGAUCUGACCGAGAAGGUGGAGGAGCUCAUGCUGCUCCGUAAUACCAACGAAAAGGAGCUGAAGAGACUCAGACUCAGGAAACAGGAGAACAUGGUGGAGCAUAACAUCAUGAAGAUGGAGGUCAGGCGUGUUAGAGAUCUGCUGUACAACAAGACGGACAGUGUGUUGUCUUUAGAGAAGAGGAGGCUAGAGCUGCAGAAAGCCAUAAAAGAGAGGGAGGAAGAGAUCAAGGUCUACAGAGAGAUGCUCAGCCAGCAGUUCAAGAUCAGUGAGCAGGACAAACAGAGACUCAGUACUGAACUGAAUGAGAAACUGUCCAAGGUUGACAUGAUGAAGAAACGCUUUGAGGUCGUGACACUUUCGAUGGCAGUUCCAGAAGGGGAGGAGGAGAAGUCGCAGGCUUACUACAUCACAAAGGCUGCACAAGAGAAGGAGGAACUCAAGCGGAAGGGAGACGGUCUCGAUGCGAGAAUACGAAAGGUAGAGCUGGAAAAUAGAGCUCUGGAGAACACCAUCCACUUGUUCGACAACAGUAACUCUGCAUUUCGUCAAUCCCUCAACAAAGCAAAUGAAUCCAGUCCAGAAUAUCAGGAAAAACUGAAACUAGAGGAGCAGCUGAGUGCGGCUGAAGAGACACUGAAGUAUAAGAAAAGACGGGUCCAAGAGCUCCAACAGGACUUACAGGACAUGAAUAAUACCUUGGAGAGUCUGCUGCAAGAGGAGCAGGUGGAGAAGGACAAGAUAGAGCACAAACAAUCACUCAUCAGUAAACUGAACAAAGAAAUCUCUUCCCAGCAAGAGAAAAUUGACAGAGCGACGAAACAGUGCUCUAAGCUGACCAAAGAGAUCCGCUCAGCGAAAAACACAAAGACUGAGACUUUUGAAGAGAAAGACAUUAAACUGAGGGAGCUGAAAGAAUUCAACAGGAGUAUUGACAAGAUGCUGAACGAGGCCAUGGAGGACAAGCCUGAUCUCAGAUCAGUGCUGGAGAAAUACUUUCUGCAGGCCAAUCUGUCUCUUCCGUCUCCUUCCUCUACUCCGUCGAGCCAGCGGAGCUCCAGAACGAGCUCUGCCCGCAGCUCUGCCUCUCUCAGGUCUCCCGCAUCCUCAACCAGCAGCAGCCCCAGGGCCUCAGCACUUCAUUCCCCAGUACUGAAGACUGUGGAACUGGGCUUGGAUCUGACCGCGACCUCCCCUCCUCUCACCACCUCCAGACGCUCCAGCACCGCAAGCAGCAGCAGUAGCACCAGCAGCAGGAAGUUAAAGAACCUCUAGCUGCACAGAGUAACAUUUUUUUUAAAGCUGUGUGUUAAUGUGUUAAUUUAAGUGUUAUUCAUAAGUUUGUGAUUGUGUAGUCAUCUAAAAAAAGAAAAGAAAAAAAGAUGUGUACCCACAGUGUGUAGACCGACUCUGAACCUGUUUUUCUUUUAAUAAAAAAAAAAAGAAACACAA